UAUACUAAAUAAAUAAAUAAACUUAUAGAACACAAUAUUACAAAAAGAAAAAAAAAAGAAAAAGAAAAUCAACAACGUGAGCUGAGCUAUAAACAAAGUUAUAUAAACAGUGCAAAUAGAAUUCUGUUCAACAGCCAAAGCAAAAGCAAAGAAGAGGCAGAGCAGAAAACAAAAGAAAAAAGAAAAUAAAAAAAACCACCGCUUUAAAUGAAAACGUGAAUAAAUCUCAUAUUACUUGUGGAAUAAACACUAGACGGUAAGACCUCUCGCGUCGCGUCAUUUGCCUGCGGUACGGUGAUAACGUCGCGUUCUGUAUUUGUGCGAAAAAGCAAACGAGAAACACAAUAACUCUCUUCUUCUUUUUUUUUUUUUUUUUUUGAAAAACUUUGCUUAACGUUAGCAAAGUUUCAUUUAUAUAUUUCGCUUUAGCCCCCCAGUUUAAUAAAAAGCCGCCAAAAUAAUUCACCAACAGACAAUAACCGAUUUAAAUUUCACUACGGCGACCGCAAUGCAAUAUAACGGCGCUACGAAUGGUGGUGCCGGUGCUGGCGGAGGCGGCGGUAGUGUUAUUGUUAGCGAUGGGCCGCAAAAUAAAAAGAUACGUACCGGUGUCCAGCAGCCGGGCGAAGGUGAUGCACACAUGCAUGUCCGGGCAGUGCAACAGCAAAGUCAACAGCAAGCACUACUGAACAAAUCAAAUGAUGACCUUCGCAGAAAACGCCCGGAAACUACGCGGCCAAAUCAUAUUCUAUUGUUUACCAUCAUAAAUCCAUUCUAUCCCAUAACAGUGGAUGUUCUACAUAAGAUUUGUAAUCCUCAUGGUCAAGUAUUGCGUAUCGUUAUAUUCAAAAAGAACGGUGUGCAAGCUAUGGUGGAAUUUGAUAGCUUGGAUGCAGCUACUAGAGCUCGCGAGAAUUUAAAUGGUGCCGAUAUCUAUUCUGGUUGCUGCACUUUAAAGAUAGAUUUUGCUAAACCUGAAAAAUUGAAUGUCUACAAGAAUGAACCCGAUACUAGCUGGGACUAUACUCUAACUACUGUUAAAGAAAUCGGCAAUGGUCGUUCUCCUCUACUACAGGAGCCCCUAUAUGGAACACGUCCCCAAUCCUACAUUGGCUUAAUAUCACCACCUACAAAUUUUGUUCAAUUUAAAGAACCACCACUCUUGGGACCGGGCGCUGCAUUUCCACCAUUUGCUACACCAGAAUUCCAUCCCACUACACCGGAAAAUUGGAAAGGAGCCACCAUACAUCCCACUGGUCUCAUGAAAGAGCCAGCAGUUGUACCCGGCCGCAAUGCCCCUGUGGCAUUCACUGCACAAGGACAGACACAGGGAGCUGUCAUGAUGGUUUAUGGCUUGGAUCACGAUACAUCUAACACUGAUAAAUUAUUCAACUUGGUCUGCUUAUAUGGAAAUGUCGCUAGGAUUAAGUUUUUGAAAACCAAAGAGGGUACAGCUAUGGUGCAAAUGGGUGACUCGGUUGCUGUCGAACGUUGCGUCCAACAUUUGAACAACAUUCCCAUCGGCACUAAUGGCAAAAUACAGAUUGCUUUCUCCAAACAGAAUUUCUUAUCCGAAGUUAUAAAUCCAUUCUUAUUACCCGAUCAUACACCCAGUUUUAAAGAAUACACAGGCUCCAAAAAUAAUCGUUUCCUAUCACCGGCUCAGGCCAGCAAAAAUCGCAUACAACCACCAAGCAAGAUUUUACAUUUCUUUAAUACUCCACCCGGACUCACCGAAGACCAGUUAAUUGGCAUUUUUAAUAUUAAAGAGGUACCCGCCACAUCGGUGCGUUUAUUCCCUCUCAAAACAGAACGUUCCUCAUCCGGUCUUAUUGAAUUCCCCAAUAUAGCUCAAGCUGUUUUGGCCAUCAUGAAAUGCAAUCAUCUACCAAUCGAGGGAAAAGGUACCAAAUUUCCGUUUAUUAUGAAAUUGUGCUUCUCCUCGUCAAAAUGCAUGAAUGGUGCUUGGAAUAACGCCACCAACGAAGGCAUGAUUGAGAAGGAGAAUGAUGCUGAUAUAAAAGGGGAUGUGUAUAAUUGAGUGAACCUAAUACAAGUCUUGUAAAUUCUCUUUCUUAUCUAAAAACAACAACAGCAACAACAACAGAAACACCACAACGAGAAAACUGAAGAAAGAUAAAGAAAGAGAAGCAAACAUUUACAAGACAUUGUAUUAAUUAACAAAGAUUGAUAUAUAAACAGACAGCAACAACAGCAACAACAACAACAACAACAACAACAGUAGCAAAAAUUGCUAAGUAAUUUUAGAAAAAAAAAAAUUACUAAAUUAUUAACUUAAUGCAUGUAGAUUAUAAACUUUUUUUUGUUUAUCAAUUUUGAUUGAUUAUCAUAUCCAUCAUCUAUAUCUACCUUAUUAUCAUUCUCCUUCCAUUACCGUUUAUUUUUUUUUUUUUUUUUUUGUUAACCUUUAUUAUUCACUCUAUUGAUUUUCACUAUUAUUUUUUUUAUAAAUUCAAUUAACUUUUCGUUACACUUUUUUCCUUUUCUUUUUGUAUAAAAAUGAA